AUGUCUUCCCCUGGUAUCUUGCUCGUGACCAUGACUCCCAAGCCGGGUCUCUCACUGAGCCAAUUUCACGAAUGGUACAAUAAUGAACACGGACCAACUCGUCUGAGGCUUCCCCAAAUAUUCUCGAAUGGCUUCCGCUACAAAGCCACUUCCCAUGAGCAGCCCGCUUUCAUGGCAGUCUACCAUGUCACGGCGAUGAAGCACCUCGAAACGGAAACUUACACCGCCCUGAGAGCGAACCGCUCCAACCGCGAAGCCAACAUUAUUGGCCAGGUUGAUGUCAACCGCUACUUUUUUGAUCUGCUCUACACCAAGCAGUCGUCUCACUUCACACCCAUUGAGCAUUUGACAGACGAGGAGGCAGAGGGUCUAGUUGCUGUGGCGGUGGAAAUAAACGUGUCCGAGGCCGAUGGAGCAGGAGACCAGUACCAGCAGUGGUUUGUCCAAGAGCACGCCGAGUUGAUUGCAAAAGUACCUGGCUGGCUGCGAUCGCGUUUGUUCAGGACAUCGAGUCUGGGAGAUGCCGGAAAGGCGGUAUAUCUCUGUUUAUUCGACUACGAAAAGCAGAAUGGCUUGGGAGGUGCGGCACACGCAGCCUCCAUGGACACGCCAUGGCGCACAGAAGUGUUUGGCAAAUACGUUGCAUCAAAGAAACGGCAAACUUGGUCUCUGUUCCGUGUGUUUGGGCCGGCCGCCACAGAUCUUGCCUCACUAUCAGAGCUGUCUGCAUCCGCAGCGUUUACGUCGACUGGCGGGGACACCACCACGCGACCUGGUUCCAGUGCCGUCAUAUCGUCAUACGUCACCACCAAGGACUCUCUGAACAUUCGGUACCGUCUCGAGGGCAACCCCUCGCCCACCGCCCCGACCGUCGCCUUCUCCAACUCCCUUCUCACGUCACUCCACAUGUGGGAUUCUUUUGUCGCUGUUCUCAAGAAGAAUCGGCCGGGUCUUCGUAUCCUCCGCUACGACACCCGCGGAAGAUGCGCCAUCCCACAACCACCCGUUGCCGCAACACUCGACACCCUCACGGAUGACCUCAACUCCAUUCUGGAUUCCCUACGAAUUGCAAGACUAGACACCCUCGUCGGCGUGUCGCUGGGCGGCGCAACCACUCUUAAUUUUGCAAUCAAGUCCCCCGCUCGCCUUGGCAAGUUCAUCGCCUGCGACUUCAACGCCACGUCCAGCCCAGCCAACACGCAAGCAUGGAAGGAUCGCGUCGCCAUAGCAAGAGCAGACUCCGGACAGGGCAUCAAGAAACUUGCGGUUCAAACCGUGGAGCGAUGGUUUCACCCCAUGACCAUGGAGAAGGGGCAUCUCGCGCAGCAAAUGACCGACAUGGUGGCAGAGAAUGACGUUGAAGGGUUUGCAAACAGCUGCACGGCACUGUGGGACUACGAUAUCAAACCAGACAUGAAGGGCUGCCGUGUUCCCGGACUGUUUCUGGCAGGGGAGGCUGACGCAAAAGGUGCGGUUGUCAAGGCCAUGGACGGAUUCAAGGGGCUGUUGGGCGACGGCGGCGCAGAAUUGAGGAUUGUGCCACUGACAGGGCAUCUCCCCAUGUUUGAGGACGCAGAUGCAUUCUACAAUGCGGUAAAGGACUACUUGUGA